AUGGGUGGUAUGUCGGCGGCUGUUUCUCCCCCACCGCCUCUUCGGGCACCCCGCGCGCCGCAGUCCUGGCCCGGCGGCUCGCGGGGGGCGGCAGGGGACACCGCGCACCCGCGCUCGCGAAGUUCGCCGCGCUGCACCCCGAAGCGGCGCGCGACCUCCGCAGCCCGCCCCCGGGGCGGCGCCCGUCUCCCCGGAGCCCACUCCCGGCCCCGGCCCGCGCCUACCUUGAGCCAGCGCCCGCAGCAAGUGCAGCUGGAGCAGCAGCAGCGCCCACCGCCCGCGGCCCGGGCUGAACUUUGCCGCCCGCCGCCCGGCGGUGCCUGGCGCCGCGCGGGGUCCCGGGCGCUCGCGGCCGAGGCGGGGGCCCGGCCAGGACCCCGCGCGCUCCGGGGGCGGCGGGCCGCCGGCGGUCACCGAGGGCCGGGCACCCCGGACCAUGCCGAGGAGCUGCCCCCCGGAGCGCCACGCCGCACCGGACGGCCGGGACGGCCCCGGGUGGACGCGGCGCCCAGCGCCGAGGGGCGGCGUCCCGGGUGCCCGCGAGAGGGGCGCGGCGGGGGUCGAGCGAGGCGGAGGAGAAGUUGUCAGCGGGGGCAGCGCUCGUCGCGACGCCCGGAGUUCCGGGGCGACCGCCGCCGCCGCCAGGCCGGAACGCGGGGCUCCGCCGCGCUGUCCGAGAGGGGCCAGCCGGGCGCUGAGGCACCGCCGCCGCCGCCGCCCCCACCCGGCGCUGAGGAGAAAGUGCGCCCGCCCGCGCGCCGGCUCUCGCCCUCCGCCGCCGCCGCCGCCGCUCCCCAUUCACAGCCCGGCCGCACGCGCCGCCCGCGCCCGCCGCCCGCCGCUGAUUGGCCGAGGGAGGCGGCUCCGCUCCCGGGACCCGCCCCCACGGCCCUCGCUUGUUUUCAAACUCGACGCGCCCGCCCGCCUGCAAUUUCGCGCCGGCAGCGGCGCUGGACUCGGGCGACUUCCCGCGCCGGCUGCGCCCCCUAGGGACCCGCGGCGGGGACUGCAGGCGGCGCGUCUACGGCACGCGCUCCCCACGGCCGGGCGCGCGGGCAGGGCGGCGCCGCCCGUCCGAGCCCCGUGGCGGAGCGGGCGCCCAGGUGCGGCACGUGCAGGUGUGGCGGGCCUCGCAGACCUGCGGGAGCGGCGGGCGGGUGGGUUCGCCGCUGCGAGCGCCCUGGGAGCCGCCCUGCUCCCCGCCCGGGGCUCUGCGCUUGGGGCGCAGUGGAAGGGGGCGUGGGGGUUCCGCGCCAAGUUGCCGUAAUUGCAAACGAGAAACGGGCGCCAUCGGUUUCCUAAACGCUAGGGACAAAAGGCACCGUUUGGUUCAAAGCCGCCGCCUGCUCAGAGGAGUGGACAUGGCUUCGUAGAGGCGUCCAAGGUCAUGUUUGUCCUGGGGGCCGGCAGCACAGGCCGCCUCCGCCGCUCCCGGGUCUGGAGUAAGGGUCCGUCAUGGGAGGGGUUUCUCAGCGCCCGCCAGGGCGGGCCGGCCGCCCGGCGAGCAUGUGGUAAGCAUUAGCCGAGUUUAUGGGGUGAAGUAAGCGCUCCGGAGCGGAGAGGCCCGCGCGUGGCGGGAGGAGGGCUGGAGGGUGACACCCAGCCUGCUGCUGCUGGGAGUCGGCCGGGAGGAGCCCGGGGGCACGUGAUGGUGACCGGGUGAGAUCACCCAGUGGGGAAGGGCCAGGGGCCCGGGUGUGCGCCCCGAGAGACAGCCGCGUCUGGUGGGGUCCGCAUCUGGACCCCGGGCGGGAGAGUGGGGAGCAGCAGGCCAAGGAGUCGGAGCCUGCAGAGCACCUGUGGGUGCUGGCCAGCAUGGGGCAACCGAGACCCGGGGCAGCUGCCACGUGGAGGAGGCAGACGUGGGACCAGGUGGGACCCCCUCGACCUGCCCCUUGCCCCCUUCCGACGCCGUGCUAGAAGGGACACACACACACACACACCAAAAAAAGGCAGGCACAGAUGGAUGCUCUGUUCUCUGACAACAUCGUGGAGCUUCGAAACGGGCUGUGUCUUCCCGCCUUGCUGUCCUCAGAUGAGACGGGGGCACGGGUGGGCUGUCGUUUGUUUGUCGGUAUUGCCGGCAGCCCUGAGCUACUCAGUGGGCUCUCUGUGGGCCAGCCCUGAGCAGUGGCGCCGUCUCACUGCCUGUGUGUGAGAGGUGCUGGCAGGAGAAACCUCAGCCUUAACCAAGUGGCAUGACCUGCCCAAGGUCAGCAGGUCCCCUCCCCCCGCUGCCCAGUCUCCAUUGCUCUGAGCACCUCUGCUUUGCUGUGAGACUGAGGUUUGGGCUACACCCCUGGAGCAGAUCGGGGCUUUGAGGUCUUCCUACUUGUGACCUUGGGACAGUUGUUGACUCCAUUGCUGCCCAGAGUGAAGGACACUCCCUAUCUCCCGGGAUUGUUGCAGGAAAGUGAGCUAACACACUCCAUAAAUGCUGCUUUUCCAUCCCCUCCCUCGUGCCGGUGUGGCCUUGCUAGAGCCACUGGUUGUGUUCGGUCAGCAGCCCUAUGUCCAUGAGUGUGCUUUCGAAUCGGAGCUGGAGCCCGUAUCCCCAGCCGUACAGUGCCGGCAUGAGCAGGGCUCGGGCCACUUCUUGGCUUCAGGACCCUGCAGAAGUGCCCGGAGCCUCGUUUGCUGUGAUGUAUUCUGCAGUUAGCCAAAAGCUUUGUGGAAACUUGCUUGGAGAUUGGAAAGCCCAGGCGGUGCAGGGGUGGUUGUAAGAGAUGGAUGACGUCACUGCUCCUAGAGAAAGUCCAGGGACCCCUCUGGGAAAUUCUUAUUCCAAAUCUUCCCGCGGAGCAAGGCUCUAUUAUCAUCUCCGUUCUGCAGUUGAAGAAGUCGAGCCAAGAAAGUUUAAUAGAUGCAAAACAACUGUGUUAGAGCCAGGACCAGAAUCCACCUCUCCUGAGCCCCUGUCCUCAGACUGUGUUGCUGCUUCCAGAUUCAUUAGGUCAUUAUAGGGGGAGGGGCAGCUUAAAUGACAGCUGUUCCUUCUUAAAAAAAAAAAAAAAAAACCUGCUUCUGUCCAAAAGGCCAAUUAAUCUCUAACUCAAUUUUUUUAAAAAAGAUUUAUUGGACAUGCAGAAGGACAGAGAGAGAGCAAGCACCUGCAUCCAUUGGGUCACUCUCCCAGUGGCUACAAUAGCCAGGGCUGGGCCAGGCUAAAGCCAAGAGCCAGGAACUCCAUCCAGGCAGCAGGGACCCAAGAACCUGGUUCGUUUUCUGCGGCUGUCUCUGCAUCGGCAGGGAGCUGGACUGUGGGCAGAGCAGCAGGGAAUCAAACCAGCAGUCAGAUAGGGGAGGCGAGCAUCGAAAGUGGCAGCUUAACCCUCUGCACCUCCAUACUGGCCCCUCAACUUAAUUCUACCCAGCCUAACAAGAAGACCCGAGAAGAGGACGUGUUAUGCUUGCACGUUGGCCUUGGAAAGUCUUUAGUGGGAUGUUCUACAAGGCUAGGAGGCACAGGGAUGUUACUCCAGGAAAGCGGACAUAUUUUUCUUUUCGAAAGAAAAAAAAAAAAAAAAAAGACCUGUGGCUGUCCACAGCAAGCAGUUAGGAUUCUCUCUGCUUUAAAAAGAGAGAGGAGAGAGUUUUCAAAACUUAUGAUAAUUUCCGGGGAAUCAGAGUGGUCCCUGAGCCCACGGGUGCUGGCCUGACAAUCAGCCUCACCUGGGAGCCCGUGAGCAAGGCAGCCUGGACCUCCCGCAUCAUACCUGCAUUUAGCAAGUCUCCAGGUGAUUCCUGUGUAAGUCCAGUCUCCUGGGAAUGUAAUGUGAGGACUGGAACCCUCGCUCGUGUUCUCCUCCUCUCUGCACUCAUUUCUCUUUGGCUUCCUUCUGUGUUCUCUCCUCCCUCUUAUGGGCCAGGAGAUAAAAAGGAAACUUCCAAAAAUGAUAGGAUUUUAAUUUUAUUUUUCGAUUUUAAAAGGAAAGCUUGCAACUUCCUAGAACAUCAACAGUUCAGCUGUAUAUAUAUUACAGAUCAGAGGCAUCUUUGUGUCCGUGUGGAAAAAACAACUAGAGAAAGCAGUACUAUUUUGCCAUAUAGGUAGCUUUUAUACAUCAAUGGGAAAAACACAAGCAAGGCCCAUGGAAUGACAAACAGAGUACAGGAACAGGCACAUCUCAGAGAAAUACAAAGGAAAAUAAACAUUUGAAGAGACACAAAGAAAUGGAUCCCAAACAUGAAAAGACCCAAGCAAUAGGGCCAAUAAAAAAUGUGAACAGACAAUGGCCAGAGCUGCAGAGGGUUUGUGGAGAUGCACUCAUGUAUUCUUGGUGAAUAUAUAAAUUAAACAGCCAUGCUGGAGUUGCUAAAUUUUAAAUAGGUAUUGUCUUUGAUUCUCACAAAGGCAUAAAGACAGUACAGUACAUAGAGCAGAUUUAAUGAGUAUUAAAAGAAUAGUUAGAAACAUUGAUAAAUAUUUGCUCUAUGGAGGUAUUUUUUUAUAAAAUCAACAAGUUAAACAGGUAAGUAUUGUCUUAUAAAAGAGCAUGUCUAUAAUGUGGAAUAAUCCUUUUUUUUUUCUUAGAGCAUAGAUGUCAAAUUCAAAACAGGAUUUCCUUCAGGGGACAUAGAAUUACAUGCUUUUCUUUUGCUUUUUAAAUUUCCAAGUUUGUUUUUUAUAAUGAAGAUAAACUAAUAAAGCUUAUUUUUAAAAAGCAGAUGUUGAGCAGAAAGAAGUCCUUUCUUACCUAUACCUCAUUAAGAAACAUCCCCAAUGGGUUCUCAGUGCUUCUGAGAAAAAUAAUCCCCAACCCUCAGAGGCCAAGUUACAACAAGAACUUGUCCACCAGGGAUGCUGUGCCCUUCCGUGUGCCAAUCACGCCCCACCACUGCACAUGCAGGGCAAGCCUGAGAGCGGUCCCUGGGCCCUGUCCCCCGAGAACUCUCCCGACUGGAGGCCUCAGCCCUUCACUCAGAUCCCUGCCAACUGCUAAGCCCAGCCUCAGCCGCACCUUUGUUCCGUUGCCUGGCAACCCAUUAAUGAGCCUCCAGGUGCUGCCUUUGAGCCCUAAUGGGGCAUGUGCUCUGGUUACCUUAGAGCCCAACUAGUUUCCUGAAAAUAUUUUCAGAAGCUAAAAUCUCAUAAAAUACCGUUAAGGAAGCUAUGGAGAAGAGAGGUACAGAACUUUACGGAACCUCCGGUUUUCUUUGAAAGUAUCCCUCACCCUCAGGCACCUUGAUGUUGCAGGAAGCGGGGGUUCGUAACCCCUGACAAGCAGCCGCAGGUGCCUCCCCCGGGCGGCAUGAAUCAGGAAGUCAGGUGGGAGCCCAGCCUGCGGUUUCACAAGGCCCCCAGGUGAUUCUGUGGCAAGUUCAAAAGCCAUUGGCAGGUAGUCAUCCCUCCCAUCCCUGCUUUUCAGCCAGUGAACACUCAAUUAGCACCAGCCCCAGUGCUAGGCAAUAGAGAAACAGCAAUUGUGUGAUAAGCAAAGGCUCCAAAGGGAAUACUGCAUAAGGGAGGUAGUAUUCCAGAAGUAACAUCUAAACGGAGACACAAGGGUGGACAGAGGCUGUUCCAGGCGGAGGGAACAGCACGUGCAAAGCCAAGUUUGAAACUCAGCUUGAGAACAGUGGAGAACCAAGAGGGUUUUCAAUACAGGGAUUGUGCAAUGAAAAAUGCUUUCAGACAUAAUCAUUCAGGCCAUGCCAUGGAUCGAGAUGGGGCAAGACUGGAAGCCAGGAGACCUGCUAGGAGACCAUGGGAGCAAUUUAAACAGGAAAUAACAGCGGCUGGGACGGGGGAGAGGCGACAGGCUAAGGAGCUCUGAGCUAAGGGGGCAUCCAGGCUGGCAGCCUGUUUUCUGGCUUGGGAGGUUGGGGGAAUGUCCAUCUGGUUUCCAAAGAGAGGGAACACAGGUGGAGAUGCAGAGUUGGUGGGAGGUUUGGAUUUGAACUUCCUAACCGUGAUGCACCGCUGGGGCAUCACUUGCAGAUAAGACGUCACCUACGGAUGUUUAGUGGAUGCCGAAUGGCAGAAACAGAGGAAAUGACUUCAAGGCAUCUGCAGCCAGUGUCAGGACGUCAGGGCUAAGUGACCUCUAGAUUUCACAAUGAGGAUAUCCUCACAGGCCCUGUGACAGCCCUGGUAGAGAAAUUAGUGACAAGGAGAGAGGAUGUUUCCAAGCAGUUGAGCACGAAGGUGCUGCAGAAGACGAUAAAGUGGUGACGGAACUGAGACGAGGUUGUUUCCUGCUGACAGGAACCAGGGGGUGAGUAACAGCUCAGGAGGCCGGCCUCUGGGCAUGUCUCGUGCAUUUCUGCAUGGGCUUUAGCCUCGGUCAGGGAGGACAGCGUGCAGCUCAGGAGUGGCCAGGGAAGGAGGGAGGGAGAGAGAGAGAGAGGAGACCUCAACUGAGGGGAGACUUGGCAUCCUUUAGGGCAGAGCAAAAUGCAGAUGGCUUGAGAUGUUUGGAGAAAGAGAGAGACUUUAACAAGGGAUUCAGCAGACAUCUCUCCACCUGACUUUCACAUAAGCCUUUAAUCUUCACAACAGUCCCCAUGUGGUAAAGCACAUGUUUUUCCAUUUGACUGAGGCGAGGCUCAGAUGAUUUAAAUGAUUUGCCCAGGCUGCCUGGCCAGUGAGUGGCGGGCUGGGGUUUGAACCUGCGUCCCCUGAUGCAAAGCGUUGCUUCUGCUUUAGGGGUAGGUGAGACAAAGAUUGUCCAAGCUGCGUCACGAAAACUUAGUAGAGGGGAUCUUAAAGAGCAUCUUGUUUUAAAGAGGAAGUUUGAUGUAAAAUAAAACAAAACUGCCUUCAAUUCCUUUGGGAACAGGCCGUGGACAUAGGGAUGCCCACGGCUGGAGAGGAGGGCUGGGGUUGACCUCAGCACACUGUUCCUGCUAUUGUUAUGGGUGAAAAGGUAGCAGAGAAAGAUGAUCUCGGUCCUUUGUCUCACAUGAAAGAGUUGUCUCACGUGGAAGAGCCAUCAGAAGUGUGUUUGUGGGGUGGGCAACUUGUUUCUACAGUAACCUGGGGGCUCAGAAGAGUGGAAUCCCCACUCCCUUGCUAUUCUCAUGAUAGGAUUGGAAGCUCCUAAGGAGUGGGCAGGCUCUUUGGUUUUUGGUAAAGGCAGCUUUUGGGGGAAAACAUGCAGCAGGAUUUAGCACCUUGAUCCUGCUGAAGGCAACUUUUGAGGGAAGCAAGCAUUGUGUACCCUCUUAGAGGGACUCUGCUUUCGCAUUUUCCACAGGGACCAACGUGCUUGUUAACCCAUCUGACUCCGCACUGUCACCUGUGUGAGAACCUGGUGCUUCUGUGCCAUCGCUCCAGGUCAUUUCCUCUGGCGAAGCACUCAUCACUUAGACUGCACUGUGAGUCACAUGCCAAUGCCACCCCAGUGCCCCAGAGAGCAUGUAGGAUGCUGUUCAGAACAGUUGUUGCAAGUAUAGAUGGAAACGUGUGCGGUCUUCGUUACCCAGUGGAAUAACAUUGAUUAACCCAGAAUCCCAUCCAAAACGUGACAUAAAACAUCAUCUUACUAUGCUCACAGGUUCCAGGAAUCAGAAAUUCAACCAGAACACAGCUGGGAAAGGGUUGAAGGCUGAACUCAUCUGGAACUUCUUCACUCACGUGUCAGACAGGUAGAUGGGCCAAGACCCUGGCCUUGACGAAGGAUUGAUGAGCGGACCAGGGAGCCUUGAAGAAAAGGCACCAAAAAGCCAACAAGGUAACAAUAACAACAAGAGUAUGGAUCAGAAUUCAUCAGUCCCUUCAUUUUGCAAAGGGAGUGCAAGAAACUGUGAGCUUUUGGCCAGAAGAUGACCGGUCGCCUGUCAUGCACCACUCACGGGACAGGGGGAGAAAGACAGCGGCAGUGAACAAGGGACAGAAACAAAGGGCACCUGCUACAGGCGAACCUGGGACACGUGUCUAAAAAUAACACCUGCAGCUCCCUCUUCGGCUUUAAUUAUUUUAACACCCCUGGUGAGCUGUCUGUGAGCGCGGAUGGGAGCAUCUCCAGAGCCUCUCCGGCAGCCCCUGACGCUUGGUUUGUUACUUUAUUUAAAGCUGACACCCAGCGAGGGAGGGAAGCAAGAAGCUGAGGUCCAGGAGGGACAUGGGGAACAACGGCACAUCCACCUACUGCUGUCGGCAGGACGCCAGCUCCCCAGACAGCACGGCUACAGAGGAGUCUGAAAAGCGCCCCACGCUCAGACCUCCCGCCCUGCCUUCUCUGCAGGACCCAGCUCUUCUGAGCGUGAAGGCGGAGCUCGUGUCUUUUCUGCGGCACCAGGAACACAGACUCCAUCGGUGGCGACAGCAGUCGCAAUAGCAGGUGUCUCUGCUGGGCCUCUCCUGGAGAGGAAGUUUCUGGGAUGCUGGAUUCCGUACCCUGCGGUGGAAGUAGUCGCUUUCCGAAUGGUCACCGAGCUGCACCCUUGAGAUCCGGUGACUCCCUCUGUGUGAGCUACACCUCACGAAGCUGUGCCUUCCCACGAUCUUUAGCUCACAGGCUAUGAAAGAUGUCAGGUGGAGUGGGUGUUUGGCACCAUGGUGAAGAUGCCACUUGGGAUGCCUCCUCCUAUAUGAAGGUGCCUGUGUUCAAGUCCCCAGUCUCUUUCCCACCCAGCUUCCUGCUUACGCGCACCCUGGGAGGCAGCAGAUCAAGGACGUGGGUCCCUGUCAACCCCGUUGGAGACCUGGAUGGAGUUCUGGGCUCCUGGCUUUGACUGGCCCAGCCCCAGCUGUUGUGGGCAUUUAAAGACUGGAGCAGUGGUUGGAAGAUCUCUCUGCCUUUUUUUUUUAAGAUUUUUUUAAUUUGAAAAUCAAAGUUAGAGAGAGAGAUUACAGAGGGAGAGAGAAAGAGAUCUUCCAUUCACUGGUUCACACCCCAGAAAGUCACAACAUCCAGGGCUGGGCCGUGCUGAAGCCAGGAGCUUCUUCCAGGUCUCCCACGUGGGUGGCAAGAGCCCAAACAGUUGGGCUAUUUCCGCUGCUUUUCCCAGGCUGUUAGCAGGCAGCUGGAUCAGAAGUGGAGCAGCCGGGACUCAAACCAGCACCCAUGGCUGGGAUGCCUGCAUCGCAGGUGGUGGCUUUGCCCACUAUGCUACAAUGAUGGCCCCCUCUCUGCUUUUUAAAUGGAAAUAAAUAGCUGUGGAAGACGAAAGAUGCUAAGCACACAGAAGUGUGUGGAGAACAAGGAUUUGCAAAGCGUAUACGCACAGUGUCACCUUACCACGGCUCAGUACUUUUCCAUUUCCUCCAAAUCUCAUUCUUUCCUUUGUGAAGAAACCUCUGUGGGUCUCUCUGAUCCCACCUUACCUGCCUUCCUGGAGGUGACACCAUCCCGCACUUAGUGUUUCUGGUCUCCCCAACAUAUACAGUUUAUGUAGCCAUAAGAGAUCC